AGUUGAUGUAAAUAAGGAUUGAACUCCGGAGUUCAGGGUUGAUGAUGAGUGCGGGGUGAUACAGUGUAGUGUGAGUGUGUGUAUGAGAGAAAAAGAGUGUGUGUGUGUGUGUGUGUGUAUGUAUAGCGGAAGUGCAGUAGCGGUGCAGUGUUGUAUGUAGUGUAAGUGCUGCAGUGAUGAUGAGCCCCAGCAGAGCGGGUUCGGUUCUGUGUUUAGUUUGUUUGCUGUGUGUGUGUGUGUUUGGGGGGUAUGUAUGGGGUCACCCCGCUCCCCCUCACCUGGUCUUUAUUUUGGCGGAUGAUUUGGGGUUUAAUGAUGUCGGAUAUCACGGAUCAGAGAUUAAAACUCCGCACUUGGACCGUCUGAGCGCCGCUGGGAUUCGGCUGGAGAAUUAUUACGUUCAGCCCCUCUGUACCCCAUCCCGAAAUCAGCUACUGACGGGGAGAUACCAGAUCCAUACUGGAAUGCAGCAUCAGAUUAUUUGGCCGUGCCAGCCGUACUGUGUUCCUCUGGAUGAGAAGUUGUUGCCUGAACUAAUAAGUGAUGCCGGCUAUUCCACUCACAUGGUGGGCAAGUGGCACCUGGGCAUGUACAAGAAGGAGUGUUUGCCCACCCGCCGAGGCUUCCACUCUUUCUUUGGUUAUUUAUUGGGGUCGGAGGAUUAUUACACUCACCAGCGCUGCAGCUUCAUUUCUCCACUUAAUCUGAGCCGCUGCGCCCUGGACCUGAGAGACGGAGAAAGUACAGCCGGGCAGUACAGUGGAGAGUAUUCAACUGAACUAUUCACCCAGCACGCUGUACACACCAUACACACUCAUCCUACACACACGCCUCUGUUCCUCUACGUGGCUCUGCAGGCGGUACACGACCCGUUACAGGUGCCUGAGCGUUACUUAGCCCCCUACAGCUUUAUUAAGGACCGCGCCCGCAGGCUUUAUGCUGGCAUGGUGUCGGCGAUGGAUGAGGCUGUAGGGAACAUCAGCAUGGCACUGCGGGACGCUGGCAUGUGGAACAAUACCAUCCUCAUCUUCUCUACAGAUAAUGGAGGUCAGACUUUGGCUGGAGGAAGUAAUUGGCCCCUUCGUGGCAGGAAGUGGUCUCUCUGGGAGGGUGGAGUCCGGGGUGUGGGCUUCGUUACUGGACCGUUGGUGGAACUUCCUGGCACUGUGAGCCGUGAGCUUAUCCACAUCUCUGAUUGGCUGCCCACUCUGGUGGCCCUGGCUGGAGGAUCGACCAAUGGGACGAAACCACUGGACGGGUUUAAUGUGUGGAGCACCAUCAGUACAGGGAAAUCCUCUCCGAGAGUGGAACUCUUACACAACAUUGAUCCGCUGUACAUCGACGUUGCUCCCUGUCCGGGGGAUUCGACAGAGGAUCAGCAGGAAAUGCUCGACUCAUUAAGACAGAACUCGUUAAGGAGAAACUCAUUAAAAUUCAGCUCAGUUCCUGUGCCACACUUUAACGUUUCCAUGCAUGCUGCAAUUCGAUAUAAAAACUGGAAACUUCUGACAGGAUAUCCAGGUUGUGCUGUGUGGUUUCCGCGUCCUGGUGAGACGAUUGGCGGAGCAUCACCUGUAGCUCCGCCCCCUCUGAAGCAGGUGAUGUUGUUUAAUAUCGAUGAGGAUCCAGAGGAGAGACAGGAAGUUUCUCAUCAGCACCCGGAUGUGGUCAACUUCCUGUUACAGCGCUUAGAGAAGCUCCAGCAGGGGGCAGAACCUAUCAACUUCCCCCCUGACGACCCCCGCUGUGACCCCAAAUACACCGGCGCCUGGGGGCCCUGGGAAUAAAGAUCACAAACGAACUGUUAUCAAAUCAUCAUCAGCAAUAAUUAUUAUUACAGUGAAAUACAGCAAUUUAUAAAUGAAUUAGAAUCCAUGUUUAAUCAAGUCAGAGUGAGUGUUUGUGUGUGUGAGAGACUGUGAGCGAGUGUGUGUGUGUGUGUGUGUGUGUGUGUGUGUGGGAGUGUGGGAGUGUGGGAGUGUGGGUAAGUGUGUGUGUGGGAGUUUUUGUUGCUGUAGUCCUGCUGUGCAAUGUGUUCCUGGGUGACACUGGACCCACUGUGACUCUGAUCAGGAUAAACUGGUUACUGUAACAGAAUACAUGAUUAGAAUUUGGUCAGAAUAGAAAUGAAUAACAGUUAAAUUAUUAAAAUAGUUUAGAAUUGAUGUGAAUUGUUAAAUGUGUGAGGAAAAUGAUGGAGAUUCCAGGAGACAGUGAGAGAAAAAAGUCCUUAAAAUAAAUAAAGAACCCUCGAGAGGAACCAGGCACACAAUUCACGUGCUUAAAUGAUUCAGCUCCGGAAAUUAGCUGGAAAAAGAUUAUUUUAAUCUAUUUUAAAUAUAAAAUAUAAAAUGUGUGUUUAAAAGAAGUGUUUAAUCAGUAAAUCAUUAAAAUAUUUAUACAUUCAGUGUGUUUGAGUUUGAUGUAUUUGUGAGAACGGGUAAAAAAAACUUAAUAUCCUUAGUAAAUAUGUUGUAAUUGUUUAAUAAAUUUAAUGUUUCUUAAUGUUUAUCUGAAUAAUAA